AUGUGUCCACGAGAGAGGGGCAAACAUGUGCGUCGACGUAGUGUCAGGGGGCACAAACAAGCUCGAGAAAGCGAUGCUGUUCUUGUGCUUCCUGGUCAGAUAGAUAGAACUGUGUGCCGAUGUGUGGCGGACGAUGAAGAAUUCGUCUUGUACGACGAACCAGGAACAAUUUAUUUUGCAAGUCGUUCGCUGUGGAACGCCGUUUUUAGUAGAGUGCAGUUGAAGGCUGUCUUUGUGUGCCGUGGUCCAUCGUCUCAGUUUUAUUCUAUCCUCGGAGAAUUCCGAGGAGGUCAUGUUCUGCCGCUGAUGUAUGCCUUCAUUCCCGAUGGAUUGGAGCUGACAUACAAGAAGUUAUUCCGAUGGCUUUGGAAUUCUGUGGAAAAUUUUGGUGGCCAUGAUGCAUUCCGAAGAACCGUCUUUUUAACCGACUUCGAGCUUCCAGCCAUGACCGCAGCGAUGGCAGAAAUGCCUAUCCAACUGAAGGGGUGUUUUUUUCAUUAUACACAAUGUAUAAUCCGUAAACGAGACGAACUAGGACUUCGAGCCGCUGCGAGGAAAAACCGUGUCAUUGGAACUUAUUUCCGCCGAAUUCAGAUGCUCCCAUUAUUGCCACCACAGUUCCACCGCCUGUCGGAGGCAUUGCUGAUUCCCCCACCCCCAGCAGUGUCUAUUAAUGAAUUUGCCCUGAUGGUUGAAUUUGUUGAUUAUUGGUUCAAUACCUGGGGGGAUGGAGGCGUUUUGACAACCUAUGGGAUCACUCCUCGAACCUGGGUGCAAGGACAACUAAUACUGUUGAAGGAUCGCACACUAAAAUUCGCGUUAUGUUCCCACGUGGUAUCCCAACGCUGCUACAAAUGA